UAUAGCUCUUCAACUCAUCAACCCACUUUAGCACAAAAAAUGGUUUUUUAAAAAAAAUUUCCAAAAAAAUUUUUCUCAUAGACAUUUAUGCAAGUUGUAAUUAUUAGUUUUUUUAAUGCAAUGGCUGCAGGUAUUUAUAUUUAUAUGCAAACUGUACGUAUUAGUGAUGCUAUUAUUAUUGCUGGAACAUAUGCGUGGCUUUUUGCGCACGGAAUUCCACCAGUUAUUUAUUUAAUUUUAAACAAAACAAUUCGUACAGACUUUAAACAUUAUAUGAAAUUAAUGUUUGGAAGAGCCAAUGUUAGUAAAUUUCAAACUGUUACGAUGUUAUUCACGUCAUUUCAAAACAACCAACAAAACGCUUCUUCAAGUCGAACGAGAAGGGUGGUUGUUGGAGGAAGAAUGGCUCGAUCUAAUCGAGUUGUUCAAGCUACUAAUGGAGGGUUUUGAUUGGGGGAAGGAAAGGAAGGAAGGGAAGAGAAAUUAUUGAACAUCCAUAAUGAAGAUAACACAGACGGGAGGGAAGGGAUUCUAUCCACAUCGGAAAAUUCGAUUUUUGACUUCGAUACCAACUUUCAACUCUAG